AUGGCACUCUCGCAGUCUGAACUCUUCGAGGACAAAUAUCCUCUGUUUCGCAGCUGUCCUACAUUGAAUGAAAUUCGCAUUGCGGAGGACAUCAAGGACGUGACGAUAGAGAAUAAUACUGACAGCUCGCGUUCCUUCUUUGUGGGCGUUACUCAGGAGCCCAAGCCGGGAAGAAAAUUCGGUCCUAAGAUGGCCGACAGUGCCUCUGAGGUAACAUUGGCCUCCUUUCUUCCAGACCCGGCUCCUUAG